AUAUAAAAAUCGAUACGCCUAUUGCAAACGUCGGUUAUUGUAUUUUUAACUGUCGAAUGUGAUACGUUUUGAUAUACGAAAUUAAUAAUGAGAAGGUACUGUACGGUGAUCGCAUUAGCGAUCAUCGUGUCCAUCGGAGUAGCAGAGAACCAAAUGCCGAAGAAAGUAUUUGUGAAGCAGCCUAAAUGUCCUUCCUCAGGUAGCGACAGGCUGCCUCAUCCGAAUAAAUGCACCCAGUACUACAUUUGUCAAGAUGGCAAGGGUGAAAUUCACGAAUGUCCCGAGGGUCUGCAUUUCAAUGUAGCCAUUAAACAGUGUGACUGGCCGUCCGCGGGAUGCCUCAUGGGUAGUCGACCGGAGACUCAACCUAAUAUCCCUGACAGCGAGGAAGCCGAUAUGUCUUAUUGCAUCGGCACAUGUCCACUUCCGGAUCCAAUGGACAAAACGAUACAUCUGCCGUACAGUGGCGAUUGCAACAAAUUCUGCAAAUGCAGCAAUGGCGUUCCGUACAUUAUGAACUGCCCGGCCAACUUGCACUUCGACACGAAGUGGGAAGUUUGCAAUUGGCCCUGGGCAGCCAAUUGUCAGUGGAAGAGAUGAAAGCGCAAUUCUGCCGAGUCUUCAGUAUCAUCUUCGAUUCGAUUGUUCGUAUAUUGAAUUGGAUAAAUUCGACGGAAAAAGGCAUUCGGACAAACAUUUAUCUCUCAUUUAGAUUUCUUGCAAAUAAUGAAUGUAUUACACAAAAUUUUAGUGGAAUAAAUUGAAAUUUAUAUAACGCAUUUUUGUUUGUACGUUAAUUAGGCAAAAAAUUUAUAGUGAUUUUUAUUACACCGAAUUGAUAAACGAUAUCAAUUGAUAACAUAGAUCGAUACUUAUAUCUGUAUCUUAUAUCUGAUUAUUAAAAAAAUAAUAAUAAAAUUAAUCUAAGCAUUA